AUGGCUGCUAAAGCCAGCAAGGUGGUUGAAGAGAAGUCGGCCGUUUUAUCCGGAUUUUAUUCCGUCGUGCUGGAUUCCGACCAUUUGAAAUUGAACAAAUUCAAAAGUGCGGAGGAUGGAAACUAUGUUUCUGUGUCCUCUAAUCUUGCCAGAAUCUGUGCAGAAGCACCCCAACUGAUCCAGAGGCGUCAAAAUUGUACGGCGUCCAGUCAGCACAGUCAUUUUCUAGUACCACGAGAACGUGUCAAGGACUUUAUUGGCCGUAGCAAUCUGCUCGACUCGGUUCGGUCACACUUCCUUGGCCACCAAAAUGGACCACCGCCCUGUGUAAUCCUUCACGCACUCGGGGGACAGGGGAAAAGCCAGAUAGCGUUAGAGUACUGUCGAAAAUGGCGAGAAACAUACCGUGGUGUCUUCUGGGUCAACGCCAAUUCCGAGAUGACUGCCACGCAAUCGUACGGCACGAUUGCGGCCGAGCUAACGGGAGCAUCGAAGUUCGAGACAAGUGAUAGCGCUGCCCAGAUAAGACUGGUCACAGGCAAUCUAGAGCGAUGGAGUGAAGCGUGGUUGUUGGUUUUUGACAAUUACGACGAUCCUGAGAGUUUCACAACUGAGAUCAGGUCAUUCUUUCCGACUAAAGGGCAUGGUCACGUACUUUUUACCAGCCGCAAUCGAGAUCUCAGUCGACUCGGCACGCUUCUCGAGAUCCCACCGAUGGAGAUGGAGGACGGUGUAAGACUUUUGCUUCGGGGUUACAAUGAUAAUGAUAUACAAAGAAGUCAUAGAGACACGGCAUCAAGCAUUGUCGAGCGUCUCGGUAAUCUUGCCCUCGCCAUCGAUCAAGCAGCGGCAUACAUCAAAUACAAGCGUCUACUGCUAGAUCGACUAGGAGAUUUUCUGGCAAUCUACGAGGCUGAGCGAAAAAAGGUGUUGACUUAUACUCCAAAAAAUUGGGAGUAUAAGCAUAUCAAUGCUUUCACAACAUGGGAAUUGUCCUUUCAGCAAUUAAUCUCAGGGAACGAACCUUGGAAAACGGACGUAGCUCACUUCCUGACUUUGUCUGCCUUCUUCGCUCCUACCAAAAUCUCCGAAUCCUUGUUCCGUUUUUAUCGGAGAGCGCAUGGUAGUGAAGUGCGAUGGAUAGAAAUUUUCAGCACGAGCGAUGAUGCCGAGGAAGAUAGGAAUGAGGACAGCAACGAGGAGAACGAUAAAGCGAGCAUGCAAAGUUUCGACGGUAGCUCCAAUGAUGAGUCUUCCGACUCUAUCUGCGAUGAUGAAUGGAGCGCUGAUCAAUUUUGGGACAUCAUCGCACAUUCGGAUGAUCUGGGCCUGCUGCAAAGCAUCUCCCCAGCGGCGGGCCAUCAGGGGGCAAGUCUCUCUUUGCAUCCUGUCAUCCGAGAUUGGUUACAGCUCCGAUUGAUGAAGAAGGAACGCCAGGAGUAUACGCAGGAAGCGAUAACAGUUCUCGGGUGCUGUGUCAAGAGAUACGGCGAUCGUUCUUCGACAAGUCUGGAGGAGAGGACAGCGCUUACAACGCAUAUGGAUGUGUCUAUGUCAAACGAUGAAAAGUUCUCAAAGUCGCAAGAUAAGCUCGGUGGCAAUAUCGCAAACUGCAACACCGCCAGCUUGUUUGCAAGAUUCUAUGAACGCCAGGGGCGAUAUCGCGCAUCAGAAUGCCUGCGUCACCGCCUAGUAGAGACUCAUAGGAGUAAAUUAGGGGAGAAGGAUCAUUCAACCCUGAGAAGCAUGAUGGAUUUGGCCAAUAUAAUUUUUAAAGUUUCUCGAAAUGGGGAGGCUGACCAGAUGUAUCGGCAAACAAUAACUUUGAUGGAGACAGAGCUGGGAGAAAUGCAUCCUGACACAUUACAUUGCAUGAAUAGUCUUGCACUAUCGUUAUACUCUCAAGAAAAAUAUGGAGAAGCUGAAUCAAUAUACCGAUCUAUAUUGACGUUGAGAGAAAAGGAGCGGGAAAAGGACGAUCCUAGUAUAGUACGCAACCGGAACGGCUUGGCGAUGGUAUUGAGUCACCAAUCAAGAUAUAGCGAGGCCGAAGAGAUUCAUCAAUCAACUUUAUUGGUUCAAGGAAGAACAUUAGGCAAAGAACAUCCUAGUAUAUUGCAAACCAUGAGCGUUUUAGCAGAGACGCUGGUCCAUCAAAACAAGUACGAGGCGGCCGAGGAGAUGAACCGACGAGCGCUGGAAGGGAGAGAGAAAGUGCUGGGAGUCGAGCAUCCCUCGACAUUGACCAGCGUCAGUAAUCUGGCAUCGGUGCUUCAGUAUCAGGGGAAGUACGAGGCGGCCGAGGAGAUGAACCGACGAGCGCUGGAAGGGUAUGAGAAAGUGCUGGGAGUCGAGCAUCCCUCGACAUUGACCAGCGUCAGUAAUCUGGCACUGGUGCUUCAGGAUCAGCGGAAGUACGAGGCGGCCGAGGAGAUUGACAGACAAGCAGUGAAAAGAACUACACUUCCCAGCUCAUCUACAUUCAAGGAUAGUGAUCAAUCAGACUCAAGUGAAACAACGAGCAUUGCCUCCUCGGCGUGGUCCGAGUUCAGCAAAUCGUCAGCCUCAUCAUAUGCCUCAGCUAGUGAUAUAUCGGCGGCUGCCUUGGACGGGGUCAUAGCUGUCUUCAUGAGUGAUGAAAAGCUUCGGUGUCUAUUUGCUGAGGCUUUCACCAAGCAAGAUCGAGAUAGAGUUUCGAGGAAAGGUGCCCGACUUUUGAAAUGGCUUGGACGAAGGCUCGUAAUGGCUGCGAACACACCAGCAGAGAAAAAAGCAGCCAAUUUUUUUUUUAGCCGCAGACGCGAUCAGGCUAUCAUUGACAAGAUAGCGCAAGGCAUUACAACCAUUUCAUCAGGGGAAGAGAGACAAGAGCAGGCAGGGGAGGAAGUUGGACAGCAGGAGGCGACAAAACAAGAAAGGCUUGAACUUUACCUUCAACAACAAAUGGAAAAGCCUACUAUAAAUCUCGAAUCUGAAGAGACACCAGCUUUGGCUACCGAAACCAUUGAUGAUCAUUGGACCUCCUUUGGUAAGGAUUUGAAUGAUGGUGGGAGCGAUGCCUCAAGCGAUUCCGAGGAUGAGGACAAAGACAAACAGCAAACGGUGCAAUUGAACAUUGAUGCAGUGAAGCUAUUUUUGAAGUCAAGCGAUGCCUUCGCGCGUUUCAAGGAGGAGUUUGAAGACUUUAUAAAUCCCUUUAGGAACGAAGCUAUGUGGACGAAAACGUUAUGGAAUGGCAGAGAGCGGGUCCGCUUUGAGCACUCGAGUAAUGUGCCUCGACUGACCAAUAUCGAUAAAUUGAAAAUCGCAGCAGAAGAGAAGCUCGGAAUGCCUAUACUCUGGUGGCCGUUGAAACAGCCAAGAAAGCACCUGUCAUCUAGCAAGAUUCGCAUUAUCUGGAUUUGCGAAUGUGGUGAUGAAACAUACGCAGACGUCUCUUGUGCUAAAGCACGAAGAUAUCGUCAGAUGUGCGACACAAGCCCUGCGAAAGUCACAGCUGGCCAACCUCCCAUAUUGCCGACCAAUAAUGAACCGCUCGCUGAUUCGAGUGAUAGUCGUGGGUUAAAAGCAUGGACGUCCGCUCUGAUGGGGAAAUUCACCAGCUUGCAACAAAUACGUACGAGGAAGAAGCGCGCGUCUCCCGCAAGCCAAGGGUCUGGACAGAACGCGACGAUUGUUUCGAACGCCACUCCGACUACGAAAUAUGUUCACUGGUGUGUAGAUUCCGCACCGCGGAGAACUUUUCUGCACCAUAUCUGCAUCGAACAGAAGAAAGGGAAGGAUUUCGUCGACGAGCUGUGUAAGAGCUACAAAAAGCUUCGUGGAUGGAGAUGGUACUUAUCCAUGACGACAUGCACUGAAAUCAAACUAGUCAAACUCUCCCGCGUCUAUAACGAAGAAGAAGCUGUAAUCUGUACCUGUAAAGGCGACGUCCUGCCUAACCUGAACAACCAAAACGAGUACACCUACAACAUUGACCCGCCGGACCUAGAGAAAGAAAUUCACAUACUUCGGGCCGAAAGAGCGCUGAUUGACUACUACCAUGGUUACAAAAAUUGCCAUGUGACUGAUCAUAUUAGCCAACUUAUUCUUGGAAUACCACACCGCGUGACCGGCACCAAGCUUGGAUUGAAAGGAUACGGGAUUUGGGCGCGGCAAGGUUGGACACUUUCUAGAUUGGCAACUUUCGCUCUCAUCACACAAGGCUGGGCCGUCGUGGGCUCCGGGGUAGCCGUCGCUUUCAAAGAGAAGUACCCCUACGCCUUCCGCCAAUAUCAAGCAUACUGCCUCUCACCGCCCACGGGCUCCAAGCUCUCCGUCAAACAACACCAAGCCAAUCUCGUAGGCACAGCCCUACUCAUUCCUCCACCCACUGCAACAAACCAGCGACAAGCAUCUAAGACACCUCACUACAUAGCCUGCCUAUUCACCUCUCUCGACUACGGAAAAAGGGUCUCGCCCCCGGAGGAAAUAGUGGAAAACACAAGAAAGGCGCUCGAAAUCCUAGCGAAACAAGUUGCAGAGAUGAGAGCAGCGGGCGAAGAGGUGGGCAAAUGCUGUCCGGUAAGGAUCAACAGCGGAAGGUUUGGUGUCGAGUGGCAGAAGACGAAGGCGGUUUUAGAGGCUGGAGGGCUGGAUAUCACGGUUGUUAGGCCGGAGGUAGAGCAGAAAGCAGGUGGGGCAGGCACUGCAGCAGGCAGGCAGUCUCCUGUCAAGGAUGAGAAUGAGAAAGCAAAAGGUGAGAAAUGUGCCAUGGGGACCAAUGCAAGGCGGUCCAACCGUUGGACGUCGGGUCGAACGAAGGCUAAGGGUCCGUUUGAAAAACAGACACGCGGGGUGAAGAGGAGGGUUGAGAAGGAUUUUGAGUACCAGUUACUAGACAAAUCUAGAAGUCGUUCGUAA